AUGCAAGCAGCAUUUCAUUCAUUUCAGCAGGAGCCAAAGCCUGUCAACAACUCCUCAAAGAAGAACAAGUAUAGAGAUCCCUUUGCGGAAGUAUCUAGCCGAGGGAACUCUCUGAAUAACACUGGAAAUAUUAUGUAUGAUAGAAGAGUUUACAGAGGUAAUACCUAUGCUCAACAAAUAAUACCACAAAACCAACAACUUGAAAUGGAGCUCGAAGAAAAGAGGGAAAAACAACUACAAAAAAGAAAAUUGUUGGAAGUAAAACAAAGACAAGAAAGAGAUUUACAAGAACAAUUACUAGCUGAGAGAAAUUUAGAUCCGGUUGAUGGUAGGAAACAUAUUGAAAUCCAAACAGAAACAUAUAUGGAGGAAAUUGAAGAAACAGAUGUGUGGACGCAAACAGAUCCUUUUCAAGACAGACCUGAAUCUCCAGUUUUCAUACCCUCAAAAACAGGUGUUGAUACAGGUGUUCAAGUGGAAGAGGAUUUGUUUGAUUUUGACUUUGAGGUUGCACCAAUAUUGGAAGUAAUUAUCGGAAAAACAUUAGAACAAUCAAUGCUUGAAGUUUUGGAAGAGGAAGAAAUGGAAGCUCUCAAGCAACAAAAGAAAGAAUUUGCUCAAAAGCGUAAUGCUGAAUUGGCAGAAACUCAAAGACUUGAAGCAGCUGAAAAGAGAAGAUUUGAAGAGAAGGAGCGUCGUAAGGAACAAGAAAGACAAAGAUUACAAAGAGAACAAGAAUGUAGACGAAAAUUGGCUAGUAGACAAUUUGCAAAUCAAUAUCUUGAAAAUUUGGAUCUCAAUGUUUUUACAACUCUGCAAGAAGAGGGUUUCUUCUACGAUAUUGUACAUAGACAAGUUGAACAAGACUUUAUGCCAUUCCUUGCUCAACUCACAACUCAAGAAUUGGAUAAGAAGAGACAAGCAAGAGUGGAAGUUGAUGAUAUUAUCAAGAUGAGUAUUAGAAAGCUUCUCAAAUCAAACUAG